CUAAAAAGAAAGAAAAAAAAAUCUGUGAGGACGAAAACUCUCCUUCGUUCCGGCGAGUUUCUCCAGUGAUCGGCAAAGUCUUUCCGGCAUCUAUUGAAAUUUCACUUAACCAAUUUGAAGAUUAUCGGAUAAGAAAGCUUGAAACUUUGGUCUUGAUAUAGAAAAAAAAAAUGGUGCAAAGUCAGUCGUUAAGCACAUUAACACUCUGUGGAAGUGUAGAAGUUUCAAGUUCGUGGAGGAAUCGUUUAAAUUCAAAGAAAGCUUCGAGCUUGUUCGGUGAUCGAUGUGUUUCGUGUCAGUUUUUGCGUAAAUCACAACAGCCCUUUCGAAGCCAUUGGAAGUCAAUAAAGCAAAAGAAUUUGUUGAGGGUUGAAGCAAGAUGGCCGUUUCAAGGUGGUGGUGAGCAAGGUGGAUUAGACCCGAGCUCUGAGCGAAGCGAGAGUGCGAAUGAAGAUAUUUUGAUCUUUUUCUUUCAGCUGGAUUUGGCUACUCGUGUACAGUAUGCGUUGAAUCUGGAGCAGUAUGACAUUGCUCAACAACUAAGAGAGAAGCUAACUGAGGUGGAAGAGGAGGCGAUAAGGCUGCAAGAAGGGAAGAGAGGGUCAUCAUCAAAGAGUGAAGCUCAAGACAAGGGCAUUAGCAUUAUAAGGCUACGUGCAGAUCUCCAGAAUGCCAUUGACAGUGAGGAUUAUGGUUUGGCAGCUAAGUUACGAGACGAAAUCUCAAAGCUUGAGGCAGAAUCAUUAGCUGUAUCUGCGAAAGCCUUGGCUUUUGAGAAAGCAGAGUAUGCAUUUCGUUUGGGACAGAAACUUAGACACAAAACUUUUGGUUACCGGGCUGUAAUUUGUGGUAUGGAUCCAAUUUGCUGUGAAUCAAGCUCUUGGAUGGAAGCUGCUGAAGUUGAAAAGUUGCCUCGUGGAUCCAAUCAGCCAUUUUAUCAGGUUCUAGUCGAUGUUCGCACGCACCCAGAUCUACUAGUGGCAUAUGUUGCUGAAGACAAUCUAUUAGCUCCAGAAAAACCCGACAAGGAAAGGUUUGAUCAUCCUUACAUUUCUUUUCUCUACUAUGGAGCCGACACAGCUGGAGAUUUCAUCCCUGUCAAACAAUUGCGUGAGAAGUACAACAGACCCCGGCAUGAAGUUCCUUUUGAUUCACAAGACGAAGAUUAAGAUGAACGCAGCAUGUAACCUAAGAGUUCACAACCACAGGCUGGAGCACAAACCACAACAAAACAAGAACUUUAGCAUAGCUCAAAACAUCUGGCUACCAACUCAGAGAUGUUUUGUUGGUUAUAUACCCAUGUAGAUGUAGUUAGCACGACUGUUCUUGCUAUAUACACUGAAACAUAUCAACUUUAUUCAAGAAUGCUUUUGUGUAUAUAUGCUUCUUUGUUC